UUGCAUUUCUCAUGCUUGGAUUUUUCAUCUUUUAUUAAGCAGAUAAAUUGUUAUUGUUUAAAACAACAAUGAAAUUCCUUCACACCCAUGUAAAUCUCCUGGUUUUAACUGCAGAUCCAGGGAUGAGGCUGGGGAUGAAACUCAAAUGGGAAAGCCCGAGAUGCUUAUGCCUGCAAUGAAAUUAUAAAUCCACAUCCCGGAGCAAACGAACAGUAGGAGGCAGCCAGAAAUCUCCAUCAGCAGAAGCGCUGAGCUGCAGUGAGGGAUGGAAGUUGCAAGUGGAACCGUUAAGGCACCCAAGCCAGGAGAGCUGUUGGCAUUUCUCCUGGCGACAUCCUGCACAAAUGGAGCCGAUUCAGGCAAGAACAUCUAAUAGGGGAGCCCAUGGCAUUAAAUCAGCCUGGGAUUCAAUUCAGUGCUGUGCCCUGCUCCUUACCCCUGAUUUCUUCCCUCAGUUUCCCCAUCUGUAAAAUGGAGGACAAACUGCCAACCCCUGCUUGAAAACCGCUGUCAGAUGCAGAAAAUGUAACUGAAUCGCUCAGGUGAUGCUCGUCGCCUGUCACGCAACAGAUCAAGGGCACAGGACACUCCGCUCUAGCAGCCCGCAUCCCCUAAGCCCCGUGACCAGCAAGGCUUUUGCCAGCCUGGACCAAGCAGUGAUGAAUAAAGAACAACAAUUCUGCCCUGGAAGGAAGUCACCCUAACGAGGGACUUGGCCUUUCUCAUCCUCAAAGCCUAAUUAACCAAAUCAUCCACAUUUGUGGGAGGCUUUAGUGGGAGUGGAGAGGGGCAAGAAGAGAGCUCCAAGGAGGAAUGGCUAAUGAGGAGCCGAGGCUGGCUGUGCCGGACACUUUGCCAUUUAAACAUCCCUGGUCUCGGAUGCCACAGCAGAUCCAGAUGUCGGUGCAGCCCCGGACCUGCAGAACGGCAUACGGGAGAAUGGUAGUGAGUCCAUAAGACCAUGCUCUACACAAUGACAUGUUGGCUCCCGGUCCUGGUCCUCCACCUGGUCCUCCUGAGCCCCCCACGGGUGGCAGCCUGCCCUGCCCGCUGCGAGUGUGCCCCGCAGAUCAAGUCGGUGGUGUGUCACCGCAAGCGGCUCACCACCAUCCCCGAGGGCAUCCCCACCGAAACCAAGAUUCUGGAGCUCAACAAGAACCGUAUCCGUUGCCUGAACCCGGGGGACCUCUCCCCGUACCCACUGCUGGAGGAGCUGGAUUUUAGCGAGAACAUCAUCUCCAAUGUGGAGCCGGGCGCCUUCAGCAACCUGUUCAACCUGCAGACCUUGCGGCUGCGGGGGAACCAGCUUAAGCUCAUCCCCCCGGGGGUCUUCACCAAGCUAACCAACCUCACCCUCCUGGACAUCAGCGAGAACAAACUCGUCAUCCUGCUGGACUACAUGUUCCAGGAUUUGCGAAACCUGAAGAGCCUGGAGGUGGGUGAUAACGACUUGGUGUACAUCUCCCAACGGGCCUUCUCCGGGCUGCUCGGCCUGGAGCAGCUGACCAUUGAGAAGUGCAACCUGACCUCCAUCUCGGCCGAGUCGCUCUCCUACCUCCAGAACCUGGAGGUGCUGCGGCUCCGGCACCUCAGCAUCUCUGCGCUGGAGGACCAAAACUUCAAGAAGCUCUACAACCUCCUGCAGCUGGAGAUCGACAACUGGCCGCUGCUGGAAGACGUCUCCCCCACCAGCUUCCAGGGCCUGAACCUCACCUCGCUCUCCAUCACCUACACCAACAUCACAGCCGUUCCCGCCGCUGCCUUGAGGAACCUGGUGUACCUCCGCUACCUGAACCUGUCCUACAACCCCAUUAGCACUGUGCUGAAGGGCUCCUUUAAAGACCUCAUCCGGCUCCAGGAGCUCCACAUCGUGGGCGCUCUCUUGGUGUCCGUGGAGCCGCAGGCUUUCUCCGGCCUGAGACAAAUCCGGCUGCUCAACCUCUCCAGCAACUUUCUCUCCACCCUGGAGGAGAGCACCUUCCACUCCGUCAACACGCUGGAGACGCUGCGGGUGGACAGGAACCCCCUGGCCUGCGACUGCCGCCUCCUCUGGAUCCUGCAGCGACGGAAAACGCUCAACUUUGACGGGCAGCAGCCCAUGUGCUCCUCGCCGCCCGAAAUCCAGGGCAAUGCCCUGCGCGACUUCCCGGACUCCGUGCUCUUCGAGUACUUCACCUGCCAGAAGCCCAAGAUAAGGGAUCGGAAGCUGCAGCACGUGACAGCCCGGGAAGGGCAGUCCGUGUCCUUCCUUUGCCGGGCGGACGGGGAGCCGGACCCCUCCAUCGCCUGGGUGUCCCCCCAGCAUCGCAUGAUCACCACCCGCAGCACGGGGCGGGCGACCGUGCUGCCCGGGGGCACCCUGGAGAUCCGCUUCGCCCAGGUGCAGGACAGCGGCACCUACAUCUGCAUCGCCAGCAACGCGGGAGGCAACGACACCUACUUCGCCACCCUGACGGUCAAGGGGCGGCCAGCCGACGGCUCCCACUACGCGAACCGAACUUUGUACCUCAGCGAGUUCAACGACACCUCCCACAACGACACGCAAGUCUUCUUGAAGUUUACGUUGGACCUCAAGACCAUCCUGGUCUCCACGGCCAUGGGCUGCAUCACCUUCCUGGGUGUGGUGCUCUUCUGCUUCCUCCUCCUCUUCGUCUGGAGCCGGGGCCGGGGACAGCACAAGAACAACUUCUCGGUGGAGUACUCCUUCCGCAAAGUGGACGGUCCCACCACCACCACCGGCCAAGGAGGAGCCAGGAAGUUCAACAUGAAGAUGAUCUGAGCCUCUCCCAGAGAAGAACUGUUGUCUGCUGCCUGGCCCCGGGCACGGCCGCGGUGGGAUGGGGCUGAUGGGGUGGGGGGGUGUGGGAGCACCAGCGACAUUCUGGGGCUGGCGGCAGGACUUCGCUGUGCUGGGAUGCGGCCGGAGACGUGCCGGAGGCACCACGGGCCAGCAGAGUCGGAACCGCGUGGACCUCAGGGUCGGGGCGCGAUGACCCCGGCUGUCCCGACCCCGCAGUGAGCCCUCGGGGUGCAAUGGCUCAGGGGCCAUCCCGGCUCCAGGGGCUCCCAAUGUAGCCGACAUAUUUGCUACCAACUAUGCAUUUCUCUAGCCAAGAGGUCAGCAGCGUUUGGGCCUGGGAAAAAAAAACUGCUUUCUUUUUUUCCCCCCCCCUUUCCCUUUUUUUUUAAGAGACUCUCCGGAAAACUUUCCUGGUGGUUGUUUAUUGUUCUUCUCUUUUCUGGUUGUUGGGGUUUUUUUUGGUCCAACAAAUUUUUUUUUUUAAUGAAUUUCCAAGAGAAAAGUCUUCCGGGGCGAUGCGGGACUGGGGCAUCGGGGCAGGUUGUGCCAAGCUGGGAGUGUCCCCCAGCCCCUUGGCAAAGCCAGACCCUCCCUGGGCACAGCCGUGCCUUGAGAGCUUCCUAUCGGCGGAUUUAAGACGUGGCAUCUGCAAACGCAGGAGCCCGGGGACGCUCCUGCACAAGCAAUAAUAACCCACCCAAGGCCGGGCUCUGAGGAGAUAUCAGCAAGAAAAAAAAGGGAAAAAAAGGCAAAAUAAGGCCAAGGUCAUUAACGUCAGGAGGAGCAGCGCCAGGGCGAUGCGAGACCCCAGCUUUGCAUCUGCCCAAGCCACCGGCAAGUGGCGGGAAUGAAGGGGUGCGGGGUCGGGAUUCAUACAGGUGCAAAAGGCACUUUUGGGUCUAUUUUCUUUGGCUUGCAAAGUUGAAGCCUGCAGGAGAGCAGGAGCUGGCUCGUCCUGUGCAGGGAGGCCAUACAACCCGGGAAAGAAGAGGAGAGGAAGGCUUGGAACAAGCAGCUUGGGAACUGAUGGCAAAAGCAAACACCGGCAGAAGGUUCCAGCUGGCACCUCCAUCGCAUCACCCGGAUCCUGCACGCUCCAGCGCUGAGGACCGUGGGUCGGUGUCCCCGGGCUCCGCUCCCUGCUGCUGCGGGGACGGUUCCCGGCUUCGCCUCCCACCCCUGCCUGGGGCAGCGCCGGCUUCGGCUCAGGGGGCGUAGUUUUUUUGGGUGGGAGAAGGAGCAGAGCUGGCUCAGCUGGAAGGGAAGAGCCUGGAUGAGACCAUGAUGGGCCAGGGACCCCAUCGCUUCCUCCUCCUCUUUCUUCUCCUCCCAUGUCCACCCACGGGGGUUGCCGCAGUUCCCACCUCUGUCCCCAUUCCUGUGGGCACGUCCCCCCCGACCUGGAUGUCCCUUCUCCAGCCGACGGCGGUCAGGCUGGGCACGGAGCUGGAGAAGGCAGCUGCCCAUCUCCUGCCAGGCAUCCCCGGGUCUUCGGGGCUGCACCGGCGGCAGGAGCUCCCGAGGGGUCGGGGCUGUGCCCCCCCCCCCCCCCGCUCCCCGUGAGCUUUUCUGCAUCGGAGCACAAGUGAGAGCGGCUGCUCGGGUCGUCCCCUGCACCAUCCUGCUCUCGCACCCAUGGGUGUUGGGUGCCGCCCGCUGAGCCCCAAGGGGGAAGGAGCCGGGGGGGGGGGGGGGGGGGCUCAGCACCCAGCCCUCCUCUCCAAGGUGCUCCCCGGGCUGCUCCCGCCUGCCUGGGCUGCAGCCGGUCACUGCCAGGAUCCGGCCCCUGACCUGGGGGGGGGGAUGCUGCCCAUCUCUCCCCAUCCAUCCCCUGCCAUGGGUCUGGCCGUUGCCCACAGCCCCUUCGCAUGCCCGGUGCCCCCUCGCUCCCCGAGCCGUGCAUGCCGUGUCGUACCAGGGGUCCCACCGGCCUCACCCGCACGCCCUUGUUCGGUGUCUGGGUUUUGGUUUUUUAUUACCUGGGGGAGGGUGGGAGGGGUGGGGAGGGGGUCGGGCACGGACCCUUGCAGCCGGGAGCAAAGGCAAGUUUGGGCAGUGGAGACCCGGCACAGUUUUAUAUGUAACGAGCAUGUGAAAUGUAUUUGCGGGGCGGGGGGGGGGAGAAAAAAAAAAAAAGGGGGACUUUUGUGGCUUGUUUGGUUUUUUUUCCCCCUUUUCUUCUCCAUGUGCCUCAAAUAAGAAAAGCCAAAAUCAGUGGACAAAGUCUGAGCAGGGCUGAGUGCAAGCAUGGAGCUGGACAGGACCCGGAAAGGGCAGUCGGAGCUGCUUGCACCGUGUGCAGGAUUUGUGCCUUUGUGCUCUCCAGACCUGCUCCAGCCUCGUGCAAGCCCAAGGGAGUCCCGGGGUUCAGGCAGACGUUAACCCCCCCCCCCCCGAGUUCUGCUGGGAUUUGCAGCCCGUCAGCUGGUCAUCACCACCAUCAGCCCCACAAAACCCUUAAUAAACAAUGCUAAACCAA